CAAUUGGUUAAUUUUAUAUUAAUAUUAACUGGUUUAUUUAUGUUUCAAUUAAUUAGUACAUACAAACUGUGUAUGAUACUAUUUCUAUUAGUUGAUUUGGGGUAAUGUGAUACAACUAUUUCUGAUAGGUAACUUGAUACAACUACUUUGAUGGGUAAUUUGAUACAAGUAAUUUGCAAUCUCAAUUUCCCAUUUGGGGCAAUCUGAGAUUUGCGAUUCACUCUUGUGCAGAACAACCCUCUGUUGCGAAAAGAUUAAAUGGGCGUUACGCGGGCUUUGGUCCGUGGCUAGCUUUAUACUGCAGAGCGGACGGAAAAGCACCCGUGUAUGCUAACUAAUACAUUUCAUUUCCCAACUAAAAUAAGUCAAUUUGCACAUUAUAUACAUAAAUACAUUGGUUUGUUCAACAUUGGAACAAAUACAUGCAUACAUUAAAUGCUUCGUUUCUACCUGUUUAGCAAACUACAAAGCUGGACAACUCAAUCUGCAUAAGAUGAGUUUGCAAGAUGUGGCAUCACUGCCAGUGUUCUGUGUUGCAAAACAUUGAUUUGCAUGCUUCGGUUUGCUUCUACUGCAAAACCAAUGUAAAUUGCGUUCAAUCUGCAUCUUAAAUGCAAACUGAACACAAAAUGCAAACUACACAUUACAACUCCAAUUGCAUUCAUGUUCCUACAUAUUAGGAAUCUGAACAUUCCGGCCCCCUUGGACUAACUAGUUCUAAAAUAAUAUUACUUAAUACUAACUAAAAUUAAUUUUCAGUCUUUAGAUCAGCGUUUUCUGUUUCGACGGGUAGUAGGCACAGCUUUACGAUGGGUCGCUCGUACUCUCCAGUAGCUGCUCUCACCAGUACCUUUCUGACCUUCUGAUCUGCUCCUGGUUUAACUUCUAUAACUUGUCCAAGUUUCCAAUGUAAAGGUGGCAAGUUAUCUUCCUUGAUUAUUACCAGUGAGCCUUCUUUAAUGGAUUCCACUGGUGCGACGCACACUGGUUCCAAAAGGUACCAGGGUUUUCGAAAAUUGAAGUUUUUUAGGCGUCGAAGCAAUUGUCGCAACCUUGUAAUUAUUACUAAAGUUGUCAAGCAACCUUGCGUCUCUUCAGUCCUAAUAACGAUAAAAUACAACUUCGUCACCUAAUUUUAAUUUUCGUGUAUAACUUUUUGUAACACUCAUCAAAAUGGUGGAAUCUAAUGAUGACGAUGUCGUGGGAGAGUCUGCCGUUGCUCCCAAUCCUCCUCCGCCUCCUCCAGCUACGACUCAGGCAUCACCGUCCUCCACUCCUAAAAAAGGGCUCCCCUCCACCAAAAAGGGUCCCACUCCCCCAGUCCGUCCCAAGAAGCAAUGGGAGAAGCGUCAACGUCAGUCAGGGAAGACCACAGACCACAGACCCAAUAUGUGCUCCUCCCUUGGGGACAUGUGUCGCCUCAUGAUCAGAAUGGCCUUCAAGGAAAACACGUUGAGCAUGGAUGAACCCGUCGCGUUUUACGACUUUUGGCACAAAUUCAAAGUAGUCGACCCCAGCGACAAGUUACCCCUCCAAAACGUGGACACGAGGAAGGUGUCCACCCCACGACUCAAGGUGAACGCUUCGAGCUUCGACAUGCUGGACAAAACGGGCCGCUCCGUGGUUUCUCUUCACGUCGUGGACUCUGGGGAGAGGAAGGCCGAUCCGGACCAUCAGUUGGCCCCCGCACUUUCCGACCUCUGGAAAAAUGCCCAUGUCUCAAUGUUCUCCUCCACCAAAGUACCUGAGCGACAAGAGAACGUUCCGCUCGAAGGUGGAAGGAGUGACAAGGACGACGAUGUGGCUCUCGCUCUGCUGAGGGACUCUGAUGAUGAGGACUUUGAUGCGUCGUCCAACGCUAGUUCUGUCCGUGAGGGUGGACCAGUGCUGCAGACAGGAGGCGAGGGUCACCCCAUUGGUCGUCCUGGUGGUGAAAAGAAGGGUUCGAAGACCAGCAGUAUGGCUAGUCUUAGAAAGUCUGCGACGAACGAUAAGCAGAAGAAGGAAACGGGAAUGCUGGCUGCGUCUAUGCUUCACACCGAGUUGGAAAAGGCACGCCAGGUCACGGAGAUGUCGUUACGGAGUGAAUGUGGCGACCAGAGUGAUGAAGUGAUGGACCAUCUCAUGGAUGACUCGUUCCUCUUGGAUGCCAUGAGUUAUGGACUUCUUCCCGAUUCGGCCUUCGUCCCGGACUUUGACUACUUCAACGAGGAUCCUCUCCGUCUGGAGAAGGCAGCGGAGACUUCCAGAGGGAAGCAUGCCAAGAAGGAUAAGCAGUCACGACGACGUUCCGCAUCUGAAACCACGCUCGAGAUCACCGACACAGAGUCUGAAAUUGGAAGUGUCAAUGCUGCGGAAUGCGCUACGCCCUCCACUCAAGUUAGGGACGAUUAUAAUACGUGUGUCAUGAAGCAGAGGAGGCGGAUCGAGGACAGGAUUCGGUCAGCUUUUGCUCGUCGUGGGCCGAUGGGGGACUACAUCACGCCACCCGGAGAACAGCCUCUCGCCAGGACAGGCACCUUCAUCGGUCCAGGACCCGCUGCAUAUUUUCCCGACAUUAAUUCGGUCAAGGCCGGCCCCGUCGGAGUAUUUCUGGUGAAACGAUGGACCAAGAGCAUUUAUGAAACGCCAGGACCCGGCCCGGCCGCAUAUUUCCCCAACUGUAACAAGUGCACCGGGGAAAUGCUCAACCUCCAUUUUGCAGAUCGUUUUGAAAAGUCCGAAACUGUGGGGCCAGGGCCUGGUCAGUAUGACACCCUCAAAUACACGGCCGCAGGGAAAGAUAAACCACGUGCUCUCGUUCUCUCCAGACGCCCAGAGAAAAAGGUUGGGUGCGGAGGGUCCAAAUAUGUAAACAUAUACGGGUUUAACCAGUUUGGAAAGCGAAAUCCACCCAAAGCUUUGAUUCUUAGUCGACGAGUACCCAAAGAGAUGGUUAAACCAGGACCGGGUGCAGGUGACCCUUAUGCCGCAGAGGACAAGAGGGUGGGGAUCUUGAUAAAGUCGCGAAUUCCUCCCAUUGGUUCGCAGGGUGAGACUCCAGGCUACCUCAACCUGCCCCCACUCAUCGGGCAAGGGCCAGGAAUUUCUCUGGGCAUUCGGAAGUUUCCCAACUUGCAUGCAGACAGUCCUGGACCAAUCUACCAAAUUCCGCAUAACGACCCAAAGCCGGUCACGAUGACCUUCAAACCAUUCCCGAUGCCUGGCAGAGAGGAGGAACCAUCCCCCCUUCACUAUGGAACCAAGCCUGGCGACCAAGCUGUAAAGAUGACCAAACCCAAAGGACCAAACCCUUUGAUUUGUGGAACCCACGAUCUCAAUUACGGGAAGGGAAACACUCCCGGCCCCAACAAAUACAAAAUCAAGGACUGCAAGUGCAAGAUUGGAAUCACAAUGAAGCAAAGAUAUCCAACCUCUACUGAAGAAACUCCAGGUCCUGCGAACUACGACGUCGGUCGGAGCCACGUCCACUGCCCUCCUCGAGCCGUGUUCCAGCACAAGUGGCGAGAACCCAAGAACAAAACCCUGUUGGAAAAGUGCGACUGGCAUGUUGGGGAUGAACCGAAUACAAAUAUUAUGGACCCCUGUACAAGUCUUCUUCAGAGUCCUAGAGACCUACACCGAGUCAAAGGAGGGCUCCUGUCCUCUCGAUGGUCUCAGAAAUUGGAAGAGGAGGAAUCUGGGCCUGGAUUUUAUGACGUUUUUGGUUUCACCAACAGAGGAAAAUAUUCUAAAAUUCCAAUAUCUUUCAAGUCUCGCCAAUCCCCUUUCGUUUUCACCCACAUGUCCAAAAACGCAGAGAUGCCCAACAGAACAAGUUGUGAUACGGGGAAAAUAAAUUCAGCAGCAACAACAGGACAAAAAUAUUGCUAGAAAUUUGAGCGUGACAUGUCAAUAACUUGUUA